AUGUCUAAGCAAGGGAAACCGUAUGAAACGCAGCUAAUGUUGAACACCACUGUGAUAAAUAUAAUUAUUCUUGGUGCAAGCCAGUUUAUUAACUUUACUUCGAUGAAAUAUACUCUCAGUGAGUAUCGUAUUUUGGAAGGAAGGAAGAUAUAUGGUAGAAGAAGAAACAUUUCCUCUUCAUUUCUUUCAUUCUCUCGAAGAAAGAAUGCUGAUAUAUUAUUGAAUUUAAAAUGGUAG